CUUGGUCCAUGAAUUCUGCGCUUCGUCGGCGUAUGCGUCGAACUCAGAGAAAUCCAGGUCAUCAGGCUCUGAUUUUUCUACAAGCUCAAGCUCCUCGUGGGUUUGUGACAUAUCGGUGAUCGAUGCGUCCUCGAAACCGCUCAGAAGGUCUUCUAGGACGUCUUCGUCCAUGUCGACUUCGUCUCCUGCCUCUAUAAACGCCUGCGUCUGCAUGCGAUACAUCCCGCCAGUGGGCUGUUUUUUGGACGUUGUAGCAUGCUGUCCACCCUGGCUGUGUUCCAUGAGGUGAAGUUGAAGGACAAGUUACGGGAUUUCCUUAUUCGGCCGGACUAAACCCUGCUUCUGACCUUCGUGGCAACUCGCUUAAUCGCCCAUAAAGCCCCGCUCCAUGAUAGUUCACGCAUCCCUUCUCGCUUUCUUCGCCCUGGUGGUCAUGCUCGCGUUCAGGUAUCGCAGCCACCUGCAGGCCAGAGUGCACGCCCUUUUCCCUCGCCUGCAACAGUAUACUCCUCUCAGCACGUUUGAGGCCCAGGCCAAUGCUGGGCUCUCGAGUGCGGCAUUCGAUAUCGAGGCGAAUAUUCGGGAUGGAGAUUCAAGGGCUGGGUUGGAUGAGCGCGGGACGCAGGAGGUGUUGGAGAUCAUGCGACGAGAGCGUGUAGGCUUCGACCAAGCCAGGCUCAUUCGCCAGAACCAGAUCUUGGCGGCGAACGGCAUCGAUCCGUCUGGCAUGCCUCUCGAUUCGAAGGCGGUUACCCGUCUUUGAUUCUCACGACGUUAUAUCCUUUCCCAGCGUUCCUCCGCUGAUCUGCGUCUUCAUCGGACCCAUGGCCCGUGCUUUCUAUCUACUGUAUGCUGUUGUUGCUUUCUCUAGUCAUUGUCUUCUCUCCUUUGCGACUAUCAUCCGGUCAUCUCAUGUAUACUACCACCCCCUAUUGCCCCUUUGAUUGGCCGUAUAUUCACCUAGCAAGUCAUUCUGUGCGAUCGGAGUCAAACUUCGCCCGCCUCCCC